AUGUGGUUUCGAGAUGUGUUGCAUUUGGUGCGAUAUUACCCCAUGAUUGAUUUUACUCAUUUAAAUCUACUGAUCACAUCAACCACUCGCAAGGAUCGAAUGCUCAAUAUGUCGCGCAAAGAACGCAACGCUGCAAUGGCUUACAAAAUUAGAGCGAAGACGUUGCUAACACAAAAGGUGCCCCAGGAAAGACUUUAG